AUGUCUUCGAGUAGUAAUAUGUUAGCAAGUAAAUUUAAAAGUUUUCUUAAUCAUGAAGCAGGUCCAAAAACUGUUCAUUUUUGGGCACCAGCGUUUAAAUGGGGGUUGGUUAUAGCAGGUAUAAGUGACAUGAAACGUCCCGCAGAGAAGUUAUCAGUAUCUCAAAACGUUG